AUGUACUAAAAUUUGCGGCAAUUUCAUUUUGCAUUUGCUGGGCUGCCACCAAUCCGUAAAAAUCCAGCAGCAAUCUUCAUAGCAUAACUCAUUGUAUGAUUUUAGAAGCCCUCGGUUGGCCUCGUCUGCAAGAUUUGCAUUUCAUUGAAUGCGUGCCAUAUCUCAUAUGGACACGAAUUUCAUUAAACCCAUCUCUACAUUCAGUGAGUCCUUAAACCCCAUGAUUCACAUUUCAAACCUUUCAAAACAUCCUGUCGUCUUCAACACAACAAUAUGUCACAGACUACUUUGCAGCUUCCAAUCAAAACCCAUCUCAACCACACCUGUUCCAACGCAUGAACACAUUGCCCAUCUCAUUUUAGAUCAAAAAUCAGCAACCCAAGCACUCGAAACAUUCAGAUGGGCUUCCAAGUUCCCCAAUUUCACCCACACUCAAUCCACAUACAGAGCUUUGAUCCACAAGCUCUGCGUUUUUCGUCGAUUUGACACUGUCGAGGAACUGCUCGACGAAAUGCCUAGCUCAAUUGGUUCGCCCCCAAAUGAGGACAUCUUCAUCGCAAUUGUGAGGGGUUUUGGAAGGGCACGAAUGAUUCGACAAGUCAUUAAGGUGCUUGAUUUGGUUUCUAAAUUUGAGAACAACCCAUCUUUGAAACUCUUUAAUUCGAUACUUGACGUUCUUGUUAAGGAAGACAUUGAUUUAGCUAGGAAGUUUUAUAGGAAGAAGAUGAUGGAAUGUGGAGUUCAAGGUGAUGAGUUCACAUUUGGUAUCUUAAUGAAGGGACUUUGCUUGACCAAUAGAAUAGGUGACUGUUUUAAGCUUUUGCAAGUGAUGAAGACUCGGGGCUUAAGGCCAAAUACUGUUAUUUACAACACAUUACUUCAUGCUCUUUGCAAGAAUGGGAAGGUUGGGAGGGCCAGGAGCUUGAUGAAUGAGAUGGUUGAACCAAAUGAAGUGACUUUUAAUGUUUUGAUAUCCGCAUAUUGUCGAGAGGAAAAUUUAAUUCAAGCUCUUGUGCUGUUAGAGAAGUGCUUCAACCUCGGGUUUGUCCCUGAUGUUGUUACAGUGACUAAGGUUGUUGAAAUUCUCUGCAAUGAAGGCCGUGUUACGGAGGCUGUUGAGGUUUUAGAAAGAGUGGAGAGCAAGGGAGGAAAGGUCGAUGUUGUGGCUUAUAACACCAUGAUCAAAGGGUUUUGCAGAUUAGGGAAAGUGAAAGUUGGGCAUCGCUUUUUGAAGGAGAUGGAGAAAAAGGGAUGCCUUCCAAAUGUAGACACAUACAAUACAUUGAUCUCUGGUUUCUGUGAGUCUCAAAUGUUAGAUUCUGCUCUUGAUAUGUUUAAUGAAAUGAAAGUGGUUGGAAUAAACUGGAAUUUUGUCACUUAUGAUAUGUUAAUCAGUGCUUUGUGUUCAGGAGGAAGGGUGGACGAUGGGUUUAGGGUCUUGGAAUUAAUGGAGGAGAGUAAAGGGGGUUCUGGUGGUCAUAUUAGUCCUUAUAAUAGUGCCAUAUAUGGUAUGUAUAAGGAAGGCCAUUUGAUCAAAGCCCUUGAAUAUCUAAGUAAGAUGGGUAAAUUGUUUCCCAGAGCUGUCGAUAGGAGCUUGAGGAUAGUAGGUUUCUGUGAGGAGGGUAAUAUCAGGGAUGCAAAAAGAGUUUAUGAUCAGAUGACUGGGGAAGGAGGUAUUCCAAGUGCUCUUGUUUAUGUCAGCUUGAUCCAUGGAUUUUCCCGAGAAGGGUGUGUACGGGAAGCAUUUGAGCUGAUGAAUGAGAUGGUUAGCCAUGGCUAUUUUCCUGUUGCAUCAACGUUUAAUGCACUAAUAAUUGGGCUUUGCAGGAAGGGCAAAGUUGGGAGUGCAUCAAAAUUCAUGGAAGACAUGGUUGGAAGAGGUUGCUUGCCUAAUAUUGGUACUUAUAGUCCUUUAAUUGAUGCCUUCUGUAGGGAAGGGAAUUUCCAAAAGGCUUGGAUACUCUUUCUACAAAUGGUGGAGAAGGGAAUUCUUCCCGAUUUUUUUACUUGGAACUCAUUAGUUCUGCGUCUUAGUCAAGAAUCAAUAUGGUUAGAAGGAAAGAACAUGUUUCACGUAAAUAACCUAUUACAGUCAAUUCUUGAGACCUGAAUUGUUGGCUAAGAAUGGUUGCAGUUUGUUGACAAAUUGCUGAAAUUCUUGAAAUCAAGGAGCCAGAAUAUUAAUGCUUUAUGGGUUAUCUGGUUUGCGACAUGGGAAUACAUUUGGUUUUUGUUUGGGGGGAAUUGCCUUAUCCAAAAAUUGUUCUUGAUUUUUUGUUUUUAAACGGCAAAACGAUGUGCUGUGACAGAGAGGGAAGCAGUACAAGAUUCAAUAACAACAAAUGAUCAUUCUUUGUUUGUAUUGCAAACGAGUGUUUGGUUUCUGAUUUCUGAGGUCAAAAGGGACGGCGAAGAAGCUUCUUGUGAUCUUCAAGAUGUUCAUUUUUAGAAAUGAUGACACAAGCUAGGUGGUGGGAGAGAUCCAUUUGGAUAACACUGCUUUUAUUGAAACUAAAAUGGUUGCUGUCCCAAGGUCAUAUUUUGAAGGAGACGGCUGCUAGAAGAACAUUGAUGAAGCUGGGUUGAAGAUGUAAUGCACUUUCCUUUUUAGUGGAGUUGUUUCUCUUACAUCAUUAUAUGAAAUAAUAAUAAUAAUAAUAAUAAUAAAAAACACGCACACACUAUAGCAGGAGAUAUCCUUAUUAUUGGAGAAAUAACAUAUGGGCACGGAUUUAACACUAAAAAUAGAAAGGCGCAUGUGGUACAUAUGUUACUGGCCUAAGGGUUAGGUUGGCGGCCUAAGCUAUUUAGAUUUGUGAAGAUUUGGUGUUUUUGAUAAAGAGGUAGUGGCUAUCAUUAGCAUGGUUUGGCAAGCUCCUCCGGUACAUCAAAUUAUGAGAAAUUGAAAUUGAUUACUUGUGUAAUCUUAAGUGGACUGAACUUUUACCGUAAAUGUAAACA